AUGGGUGAGGUUAUUGGAUCCGGUGCCUUUGGUGUUGUUCACAAAGGUCUUCUUCUCGAGACUAAACAGACUGUAGCUAUAAAGAAGAUGCAUCCUUUGGACUUGCACAACGGUGUCCCAAGUACAAUAAUGGAAGAAAUCUCUCUGCUGGAAGAGAUGGAACAUGACAACAUUGUCAAGUUGCUGGAAGCACUACCCAAUACUGACAAAGAAGGCUACAUGAUUUUUGAAUAUCUGGACUAUGAUCUGGACAAAUUCAUGAAGAAAUUUCCCGAAAUAUCUAAGAAUAAACAAAGAAUAAAGAAUUUUAUGCGUCAAAUUCUUUCUGGUCUUGCAUACUGUCAUAAGCUCAAAAUUAUGCACCGUGAUUUGAGGCCUGCCAAUUUGCUGGUAGAUCACGAAGGCUCCGUGGUGAAGAUUGCAGACUUCGGAUUGGCCAGGAAAUUUGGUAGUCCUCUUGGGGAAUAUUGUCCGGAGGUAGUAAAUUUAUGUUACAUGCCACCAGAAAUCCUCCUUGGCUCCCACUUAUACACCACCCAUGUCGACGUGUGGUCUGUAGGCUGUAUAUUUGCUGAGAUGAUUAAUCAUCAGCGCCUGUGUAAUGAAUUCUUUGAGAAAGAUUGUCUGAAUAAAAUUUUUAGCAUUAUGGGGACACCAGAUGCAACAACAUGGCCUGGAGUGACCUCACUACCGGAUUACAAACCUGAUGACUUUCCCAAGCAAGAUCCUAAGAACCUGGAGUUGAUCUUCUUUCGAAUGAUGAUGGUGACGGUGAUGAUGAUGAAGAAAAAGAAGAAGAAGAAAUAUGUUGGUGACGAUGAUGAAGAAGAAGAAGAUUAUGAUGGUGAUGAUGAUGAUGCUGCUGCUGCUGAAAAAUAA